CAGUGAGCUGGUCCCGCGCCUGGGCGACAUCGCGCCUGUUGCCUCGGCAUGUGCUUGCUGGGUUCGCCGACACCAACCACUCGCAAUCGACUUGUCGAACGCCUCUGCUUUCUCUGCGGUUCUACGACUGCAACAUUAAAGAACCAGGGCAAGUUUCUGGUAUAUUUUCAACAAACCUCUCCGCUGCAGUGUUUAACUGUCGGGCUUUGAGUAGCAGAUGGUGAUAGUAACGUCAUCAAUCGUCGAUUCAACGCAUCACUAAAGAAACAAAUAACAUCCAUUGACCUAGCAACCCAAACGACAAAGACAUUGAAUAAACGUUUAUUUCCAACGAACCCGAUUCAGUAUAAUACCUCCUUUCACACGCCGCGAUUUUCGAACCAACAACCUCUUCUCUACCGAUAAACAACAACAAAACCUUACCGGGCUCCCAUCAACAACAAACCAUGCCCCGCCCAACCCAAACCAUAACCCUCCCCAUCCUCCCCCUCCCCCCAGGCGCGGUUCUUCUUCCGGGAGUAAUCCAACGAAUCUCCGUCUCCUCCCUCCGCCCCGACGUCGCCUCCCUCCUCGCAGCAGUCUACACCCGCGCCGCAGCCGCCUCCACCUCCUCCAGCAAAUCCGGCCCCAGCGGAAGAAUAGACACCAUCCCCAUCGCCUGCCUCCCCCUGGCCUCCCCCCUGAUCAACUACAAGGGUCAACAGCUCCUCCUCCAGAAAGAAGACUCUCCAUCUACACCACCCCCGAAAAUCGACCCCUCCAAAGCCACCAAGAACGACCUCUUCCCCUACGGCGUCGACGCCAAAAUCACGGGUAUCGAAGGUCGUGGAACGGGGGAGUUUACCCUCCUAGUCGAGGGCAUCUGCCGCGUAAAGCUAGAAAAAGCCUGGACCAACACCGAAAGAGGCUUUCUCGAAGGCAGGGUCAUCGACCUCGUCGAUGAUGCAACCGAGCUUGAAAAGGGCGGGGUGGUGCUCCAGGAAUUGUUUAACCACCUCAAAAUGCUGAGUCGGGAGUUGGUUGCGAUUCUUAGGUUGACUGCCAUGUUGCCGAGAUCUGGUCAGCAGGGUUUGUCGCCUUUGUUGGCUAGGAGACUGGAUCUCUUUAUUACACGGCAGAAGCAGCCGGGGGCGUUGGCGGACUUUAUGGCGAAUAUUGUGGAGGCUAGUUAUGAGGAGAAGUUGAUGGUGCUGGCGGCGGUGGAGGUGAAGGUGAGGGUGCAGAGGGUGAUUGAUUUGUUGGAUAGGCAGGUGAAUGGGUUGAAGAGGGGGAUUAAAAUUACGGCUAUUAGCACGACGGGGAGUGGGAUGUUUCCGUUUUUGGAUAAGGGGAAGGAGGAGGAGGAGAGGGAGAGGUUUAGGAGGGGGGGGACGAUUGUGCCGGUUAAGGGGGGGUUGCCUGGGGUGGGGGGGUUGCCGGGAAUGUUUUCGGGGGGGCAGCAGCCAAAGGGGAUGAUUGGAGGAGGGGGGCAGGAUGGGGAGGAUCAGGAACCGAAUGAGAUUGAGGAGUUGGCCAAGAGGCUGGAGGCUACGAAGCUUUCGCCUGAGGCGGCCAAGGUGGCGGAGAGGGAAUUGAAGAGGCUGAAAAAGAUCCAUCCCGCGCAGGCUGAGUAUGCUGUUACGCGGACAUAUCUGGAGACGCUGGCGGAGAUUCCGUGGACGGUUACGACUGAUGAUCGGCUGGGACCGCAUACGCUGCCGAGGGCGAGGAAGCAGUUGGAUGAGGAUCAUUAUGGGUUGGAGAAGGUCAAGAAGAGGCUGCUGGAGUACUUGGCGGUGCUGAGGUUGAAGCAGAGUGUGAAUGAGGAGGUUGACAAGGAGAUCAAGAAGGUGGAGGAGGAGCUUGGGGCCACUAGUGCCCACAGUGACACUAAGGAGGCGGAGGAAGCGGCCGAGAAGGCUGCUGAUGCAACUACUGCCCUGGAGGAAAAGAUCAAGGCUAAUAGUGCCAAGGUUGAGAUUCUUCGCAGCAAGAGAAUGGUUGAUAAGUCCCCUAUUCUUUUGCUUGUCGGCCCCCCAGGUGUAGGCAAGACCUCCCUUGCCCGCUCCGUCGCUACAGCCCUCGGCCGCAAGUUCCACCGCAUCUCCCUCGGCGGCGUCCGCGAUGAGGCGGAAAUCCGCGGCCACAGAAGAACCUACGUCGCAGCCAUGCCAGGUCUUAUAGUGCAGGGCCUCAAGAAAGUCGGCGUGGCGAACCCAGUCGUCCUGCUCGACGAAAUCGACAAGAUUGGCGGCUCCAACCACCACGGCGACCCCUCUGCUGCCAUGCUGGAAGUUCUCGACCCGGAGCAGAACCACAACUUUGUCGAUCACUACAUCAACAUCCCUAUUGACUUGAGCAAGGUCAUGUUCAUUGCCACAGCCAACAGCCUGGAUACCAUCCCGGCGCCGCUGCUGGACAGGAUGGAGACGAUUUACAUUCCGGGGUACACCACGUUGGAGAAGAGGCAUAUUGCCAUGCAGCAUUUGGUACCAAAGCAGAUUAGGGUCAACGGGUUGAGGGAGGAGCAGGUUGUUUUUACGGAGGAGGUGGUGGGGAGGAUCAUUGAGAGUUAUACACGGGAGGCGGGGGUCAGAAAUCUGGAAAGGGAGAUUGGGUCGGUGUUGAGGGGGAAGGCGGUUGAGUACGCGGAUGCGAAGGAUGCGGGACACCCGGAGAAGUACAAUCCUGUGCUGACGGUGGAUGAUCUUGAGCGAUUCCUCGGCAUUGAGAAGUUUGAGGAGGAGAUUGCGGAGAAGACGAGCAGGCCGGGGAUUGUCACGGGCUUAGUGGCGUAUAGCUCGGGAGGGAAUGGGAGCAUCCUGUUUAUCGAGGUGGCAGACAUGCCGGGCAGUGGAAGGUUGCAGCUCACGGGUAAACUGGGGGAUGUGCUGAAGGAGAGUGUGGAGGUGGCGCUUACGUGGGUGAAGGCGAAUGCGUACGAGCUUGGGUUGACGCAGAACCCGGGGGAGGAUAUCAUGAAGGGGAGGAGCAUUCAUGUGCAUUGUCCUAGUGGAAGUAUUCCCAAGGAUGGGCCGAGCAGUGGGAUUGCGCAGGCGGUGGCGAUGGUUAGUUUGUUUAGUGGGAGGGCGGUGCCGCCUACUAUGGCCAUGACGGGCGAAAUCUCCCUCCGUGGCCGCGUCACUGCCGUCGGUGGCAUCAAGGAGAAACUUAUUGGUGCGUUGAGGGCGGGAGUCAAGACUGUGUUGCUACCUGCGCAGAACAGGAAGGAUGUGAAGGACUUGCCGCAGGAGGUGAAGGAUGGGUUGGAGAUUGUGCAUGUGGAGCAUAUCUGGGAGGCGAUACGGUUUGUCUGGCCUGAUGCGGAGUGGCCGGUGGAUAGGAAGGGUGUUGCUGUUCAGAGUCGGUUGUAAGAAAGGGGUGGUCAUGAUGAUGGAUGAUGAGGCAUGGCUAUUAUGGGUACAUAUGUGAGCGGAGUUUGUUUUUGAUUUGCUUUUGAGAGAAAAAGUGGAAGAGGAAGAUAGCGUGUAUUGGUAUUGUAAUUGAGAUAUUUUUCAUGGUUUUCAUCACGAGG